CUGGCACAUGCCGGGGUCCCCGUAGCAGGCAGCGACCAGCGCAUGCGCGACUUCUCCCAGAAGCCUGGAACGCUGAGGGGCGCGCGCCCCCAUUCGCGCGCGCACGCCGGCGCUAGCCGAGGCUUCCCCGCCUGCGCUGGCCGUCAGAGCCGCCCCGGCGCGUGCGCGUGUUAUCUCCGGCCGACCCGAGUAGCCGGGUUCCCUCGGCUCCGGGCCCCCGCCCCCCGCCGCCCCCUCCCCGUCCCCGGCCGGCGCGUCCCCUUCCUCUCCUCGCGGAAUGGGGCCGGCGCCGCUCGGGGUCGCGCGCCCGGGACCCGGCUCGCGCUCGGUCUCGCGCUGUCAGCGACUGCUUGGCUCGCGCCGCCUCGCGCUCUCCCUCAGUCAGUGGCGCCGAAGGCUCCGUUAAGCAGCGGCGGCGGCGGCGGCGGUUGCUGUUUCCGUUCCUUCCGCUCCCUUCAGUCGCGAGUAGCAUCCUCCACCCCGCCACCCCUCCCACUUCCUCAGCGCGGGGCAGCUGCGGCUGAGGGCUGCAGCGGCGGCGGCGACUGGGGAGCGGCGGAGGCCGCCUCUGCUCCCGCCUCGGUGAUUUUUGGCAUAUAGGGCUGCCUGGAGGAGGAGGAGGAAGAAAAAAAAAGGAAUCAACAUUAUAAUGUCAAACAGAACUCACAAGCUUACCUAGGCCAAAAUAUGAA